CGAUAAUCUCCCAGCGUACCUCACAUUCGCGGGCAGCGAGCCCAUUGAUCAUCAUCGAAAGUCUCCUCUCACCAGCGAAGCACACGAAGCCGUCAUGUUCCCGCCUUCCUCCCCGAUCGCUGCGACCGGUAACCAACAGCCAUGGGUUCCCCGAGCGGCAACCAGAACCCGCACCGUCGCGCAGAGAAAGGUGUACGGGAAGAAGAGAGCAGAUGCUCCGAGGGCGGUGUUUGAUCAGCGAAGCCCCGCUAAGGCUCCGGGGUGGUUGGAACCCAAGAAGCACGAGAAGGAGAGCGGCGAGGAUGCUGUGGAGGGUGUGCGGGUGAAACUAGCGGAGGUGGCGAUUGAGGAGAAAAGCACGCCUAUAGACCUGACGAGGAAGGGUAAAGCUGGAAGGACGAGGAAGACGGCCUCAGAGGACCGACCGGAGGUCGUGCAGUUGGUUGAAGAGAAGGAGGUAAAGCCUACUUCUGCUGGGGAUCGGCCCGUCCGAAUUUCGAAACCACAAGAUGAGCCGGAAAACGACGAACACGCGCAAGUCCAACUGAUGGACACCGAUGCACAGGAGACAAAUACCCGCCAAACAGCGAAGCCACGGUACGACACAAUGGUGGAAGUCCGCAUCAGUCCUAAGACCCCGACAGAGCGAACCCGACGACGGAACAAGACGUGCGCAGCUUUCAUAGAAUCUGAGACAAUAGAAUCUGAGACGAGGACAUCACGAAGGAACAAGGACAAGCCAAUGGCCCGGGUGUCGUCUGGUUGUGUUACGAAUGAGAAGGCCAAUGAAUAUGUUCGCCCGAUCUUGAAUGAGGCGCUGUCCGUGGCCGCGGCGCAGAGUGUCCAGAAGUUUGACUCGUGGGCUGGCCGGGCUGGGAACAUGCUAGAGGUGGUCAAAAUUGCGGAAGGGUCAUAUGGAGAGGUCUAUAAACUUCGAUUACGAGAGGAGGUGUGCAGGAAGGAGAUGUCCAGAUCCAAGCUCGCGCGCCUGAAGGCCUAUGGCGACGGGGUCUUCAAAGUUGUGCCCCUGCGGGCUCAGAGUGGGCCAGGCUCGAAGAAGUUUACCAGCAUUGAUGAGAUCGUGUCCGAAGUCAAGAUGCUCAAAUACCUGGAUCCGAUCCCAGGGUUUGCUCGCUUCAGAGAAAUCCAUGUGGUUCAGGGCCGAUUCCCCGAUUCGUUCCAGAAAGCCUGGGACCACUACAAGAAGACCCAGGACGACUGCUGGAAUCCGAACCCAUCUAGUAAACGGGCCUAUCCCGACACGCAAUUGUGGGCAAUUGUGGAAAUGGAUGAUGCUGGCUGCGAACUGGAGAAGUUUGCUUGGACUUCUAUCUUCCAGAUCUACGAUAUCUUCUGGGGAGUGGCAAUGGCGCUUGCUCGAGCGGAAGAAUACGCAUUGUUCGAGCACCGCGACCUACAUUUAGGCAACGUUUGUAUUCGAAGUACUCGGCCAGGGGGGUGCAUGGAUCCACCCACAAACAAAGAGAUCACGCAUCAGUCGUACAAAAGUGGCUUCGGACUCAGCUCCCUCGAGACGACCAUCAUCGACUAUUCUUUGUCUCGCGCACAACUGCACCUCAGCGAAGCGGCCGAGGCCUUCCAGAUUGCCUCGUCAGACCUCGACAAGAAACAAAUUUUCGAUGCAAUCGGACGGGAUGAGGAUGAGAUCAUGCUCAGAAACACAUAUCGAUACAUGCGCGCCCAGCUCUAUCACGGCGAUCCCCUCAAGACGGAGAAAUGCCCCGACAUCGCGGGAAUCUGGGCCGAGUACGCCCCUCGAACCAACCUCGUCUGGCUUCUCUUUCUCCUCCAGUCCCUCCUUAAGAAUAGAAAACCCGAGGGCCCCUCGCUCCCAGCACCUCGUCAACCCCUGGCCCCCUGCUCACCUAACAAGGGCCUCAAGCCGGCCGCUGCAUCCAAGAAGAACACCCUUAAGCCACAAACGCCGCCGACGGUGACCCCUGUUCACGCUGAUGGUGUCUUGGACUUGAAGCAGACGCUCGAGAAGAGAUUGACCGCCGUGCUGGAACUGCUCGACCUCGAACACGGACAUGAAGACAUGUGCUGUGCUGCGGAUCUAGUCGCCUACGCGAUUGACUCCCAGUGGCUGGAUGAGCAGGACUUUUUCUGAUUUGUGAUCUUGCUUCUUCCUUGUUGCGCUUUGCGAGGGCGCCGGAGGUUUUAUCUUUACGGUUUUAUCUUUGUGUUUUGCAUGAUAACCUAUAUAUGGCGGGGGCGUUAUAAGCGGCAUUAGUUCUCUGGGUUAGAAUAUACCACUUGGCAUCGUUGAAGCGAUUAUGCUGUUUGGAUGGAAUUUCAAGUAUG